UUUUAAGCGAACCUCGUCUUAAGUCUUAACGUCGACGACUAAUUCGCAUCAUACGAAUUAGUGAAAAAAAGCGGUUUGAAAGCGGCAUGAUAUUGAAAUUAUAAUCUAUCGACGACGUAAACAUAUUUAACAAUACCAUGAAGCUGGUAAGAUUCUUAAUGAAACUUAGUCACGAGACUGUAACGAUAGAACUAAAGAACGGUACUCAGGUACAUGGCACUAUUACGGGCGUAGACGUGGCUAUGAACACGCAUUUGAAAACCAUUAAAAUGACUAUUAAAAACAGAGAUCCUGUACAAUUGGAUACGUUAAGUUUACGCGGGAAUAACAUUAGGUAUUAUAUAUUACCAGACUCGUUACCGCUCGAAACGUUACUUAUAGAUGACACACCAAAAGCAAAGGCAAAGAAGAAAGAGGCAGCACGAGGUGCAGCUCGUGGGCGAGGUCGGGGUGGUCGUGGUACCAGAGGAGGACGCGGUGGGCGAGGUAGAGGAAGGGGCAGACGAUAACUAUAAAUUUUCGCAUCAUUCCGUUUCAAUCAUCAAUCGAACUUUUUUCAUUCGAGAUUAAAGUAUUUACGCGAACCAUUGUACUAUACAGAUAAGAAUAAAUUGUAUCACUUGUCUAAAAUUAGUGUUCAAUUUGUACAAACGGAAUUACGGAAAUAGUCAAUCUUAACUAUGUUUGGGCCUCUCAUUCUCUUCGUAGACGUGAGACUAUAGUGGGAGAAAUGAAUUCUGUGUUCUACCUCGUU